CUCUCUCUCUCCCCCCACGUCUCGCCAGUAUUCACGCACACACAGUCGACGUGUUCGGAGGCAGUGUGAGCAGCAUGUGAACCUCUUCCCCGUCGGGAUUAUUUGGGAGUCUCAUCUUUUUUAUUAUUUUGUUGUAUAUUGGAUUAGGAGCGACGGUGUGCGUCCGUUUCGCUCUGCGGCUCCGCCCGGUGUGCGGUGCGGUGCGGUGCGACUGCACAUCUGAGAGUUUGACUGGACUCUGGUCGACUGCGGCGGGAGAGGACUGCUCUCACCCCACACGUCGGACAAAGGAAGCUCGCGGGGGGUUUAAAGAGGAAAACGGAUAAGAGUGAAAGAAGAGAGGGGUGAGAAUGGACCAGUGUCUCCUCGCGCUCGUCUUCGGGCUCCUGACGCUCGGCGGCUGCUCGGCCCGAGUGGUGACAGUGUCUCCCGGUCCGUUGAUUCGGGUGGAGGGUCAACCAGUCUCCAUCAGAUGUGACGUCAAUGAGUAUUCAGGACCUCGUGAGCAGGAUUUUGAGUGGAUGACGUCCCGGGAGGCGAGCGGGGCGAGGAUGAAGAUCAUCUCCACCUUCGACGCAAGCUACUCCCACAGUUCGCUCAGCAAGCGCGUGGCGUCGGGUGACAUCUCGGUGGUGAGGCUCGAGGACAACGAGGUGGAGCUGAAGAUAGCCGAGGCGAAGGCGCUGGACGCCGGACUCUACUGGUGUCAAACGCCGAGCACGGACUCGGUCAUCAGCGGCAACUACGAAGCUCAGGUCCAGCUCAUUGUCAUUCCCAACACCCUUAGCGUCUCCCCGCAGACCCCGCCCCAAGAAGCUGCAGAGGGAAGUGACCUCACACUCUCCUGCAACGUCACCCGGGCGCUCACGCAGCCCACCUUCCUGUCCGUCACCUGGUCGCUGAAGAGCGGCGCAACGUCCGAGGAGAUCUUGACACUCGGCCCGCAGGGGGGCGUGGCCACUGGGGCCAAGUUUGCCCGGCGCUACGCCGACGGUGGCAUCCGACUGGUCCCUGGAAAGAACGGACUGUUUGAACUGGUGAUAUCCAGGGUGACGACGUCCGACGGUGGGACUUAUGAAUGCAACGGGACGGAGUGGACGCAUGAAAAUGGAGGGAAAUGGAUAAAAAUUGUUGAGAAUACAAAAGAGAUGGGAACUGUCAAAGUCAUUCCUACAGGUCAGUCCCUCGCUGUGAGGGCCACAUCCUCCGCCUCUCCCUCCUCCACGUCGCUGCUCCUCUCGCCCAGCGACGCGCUGACCCUCCUCUGCUCCGUCACCGCCGACAACCUGCAGGCCCUCGCCCUGGAAGUGACCUGGCUGGCCGGCGACCGUGACAUCGUCACCAUGGAGCGCAGCGGCAUCGUGAUCUCCAACACGUCCUCGAGUCUGGAGCGGACUGGGGCCGGCGAGUACAGGCUGGGUGUGAGGGGUGUGAGCGCGGAGGACGGAGGGGACUACACCUGCCGCGUCCGAGCCUUCAUCGACAAAGGAGGAAAGAGCGCCGGGGGAGGAGGGCGGUGGCACAUGGCGGCGGAGAAGAGGUCAGGCCCCGUGACGGUCAAAGUGUCACAGAUCAUGCCGAGCUACACGCUGACCCUUGAACCAGCCCUGAACCCCCAGAUGACGGCUGAACCCACGGAGCUGGCUUGCCACGUGACCAACGUCACCCAUUUACCCCCGGGAGGCCGACUCGGUGUCACCUGGGAGCACACCUCUCUUCCCGGGGAGGCUCCUCAAACCUCGCAUCACAUCGGCUCCCUGGACGGAAGUGGCAACCUGCUGCUGGGGUCGAUGUACACCGACCGGCUGAGGAGCGGCGUGAUGUCUCUGACCAAAGUCCAGCCAAACACCUUCAAACUGCAAAUCAUUCGCACUCAGGAGAUUGACAUGGGCCAGUAUUCUUGCAGUGUGUCUGCAUGGAGCGUCAACAGCCAGGGCGAUAUGGUGAAGAUCGCAGAGUACAAGAGCUCACCGAUGACCGUUCGAUGGGAUCCCAAACGUCCGUCUCUUAACGUCGUGGCCAAACGUGUCCGUGAAGCCUCAGUGGGAGGGGCCACCUUUGAGAUGAGCUGCACCUUGACCACGGAGAACCUUGGGGAGGCGGGCUACUCGGUGCUCAUCCAAUCACAGGAGAGCCUGGAGAGCAACGUGAGAACCAUCAUGACUCUCAGCCCCGACAACGUGUUGCAGCACGGAGGAGCCACAGACCCCAACAGGAGAGACAGUUUAGUUCUGACAAAGUCCGGCCCGGCAGAGUUUCGGUUUCGCCUGGCUGGUGUCCAGUUGUCCGACAGAGGUUUCUACUGGUGCGACAUCACCGCGUGGACAAAACAGCAGGCGGGACAAACCUGGACCAGAGCCACAAGCGCCGAGUCCAACAAAGUCAGGAUCGACUUUCAAGAAAACGGUCCGUCCUUCUCCAUCGCCAUCCAGUCAGACGACACCAGUGUUUAUCCGUCGAAAACAGCCAAGAUGGAGUGUUCGCUCAGUGUCUCUGGAUCCUCACCAAAGACUGACGACCUGGCGUACGAGGUGCGUUGGUUUUUCACCAGGCUGCGCGGCGGACAGACGACGACCCAGGUGGCCAGCGUGGACCGCUUUGGCAUUGUGAAGGCGGAGAUACGCAACUCCUCCAGUGAACUUUCAGUAGAGCGCAGAGACACACACACCUACCUGCUGAACAUCUUUGGCACUCAUGACAGCGACAGCGGCGAGUAUUACUGUGUGGCCACGCCCUGGUACCUGUCAGCCUCAACGGGAGCCUGGACUCAAGCUGGAGAGCUGAUGUCGUCCCGAGUCUUCCUAACUGUCCAGUUCGCUGUGUGGGACUCUCUACAGUUGCCUCUCCUGUACGGUGCAUCGGCCUCAAUAGGUGUGGGCCUCUUCUCUCUAGUCCUGGGUCUGGUGUGCGCCCAUUGCUGUUGCCGCAACACCACGCACACGCCGCGCUCGCGCAACAAACUGAUGGACCUGGAGAUGGACUGACACACACUUUCCCCCGCACCCGCACACUGCAGCGCACACAGGAAGCACCACGCCCACAACAAACACACGCCCAUAGACGAUUUCUGGGACAGCCAGCUGUUUCCAGGCGAUGGACGUUGGGAGUAAAAUUAAAUGUCGCUUUGGAAACAGGAGCCCGACCGAGGUGCUUCCUGCUCUGCAGUGGAGGAGCAGGGGACUGUUUUUUUGUUUUUUGUUUUUUUUCUUAAAAGCACCAAUGGGGAAAUGGCCUUUGAAACUUCCCAGAGUUUGCUUUUGUAGGAGCAGGAGACUUCGGAGAUAUCACUGCCACAUGGGAAUAAAGGACCACUAAACACAUCUGCUGCCUCUGGAACCACUAGGGAUAACAAGUGAAGCACUCAGGCUGGACUACAUGAUUUUUUUUUUUUCCAAUUUCUUCUAAUGCCAUGGCUUCCUGCAAAUUUCGACCACUCCGUGUUCCUUGUGGUUAUCGGAUCACACCAGUGUACCUUGUUGAAUUGUCCUCGAGGAGGAGGCACGAGGAAUCCAAAGGGUGGCUGGGGUUUGAGAGAAGGUGAUGGCUUUUCGUUUUAACUGCGACGGGGGUCACUAACGCCUCGACAUACAUCACAUGGCUGAAGUUAUUUUGUAUUUGCAAAGGCUGAUGUUUUAGGUAGCCUGAGCCUGGAAAACAAAAGUGCUCCACGUGUCUUCCCGCACGAGAGGUCUUGCACAAUAACUGCCACCCCAGAGUAUUCCUACCUUGACGAAGGGACAAUAUAAACCUUUAUUCUCACCUCUAGUUUUUUGAAAAUUAAAAGAGAUUUUAAAAUGAGAGACAUUUCUAAGCUUUACAAGGAGAUAUGCAGUUAGUGUGUUGUGUGUGUGAGAAAUACCGUUUACGUGGUGCCAAUAUGUGAACUAACAGAGGUGUGCUUGGUUCGUUUUGCCAGAUCAACACUUGAACAGCCGCUAAAAGUGGUGGUGACAACAAGCACUCUUCUUUUAUAGAUAUUCGGAAAUGUAUCCAGCUGUUAUUUUUGUGUGUGCGUGCGUGCGCGUGUGCGUGUGUGUGUGUGUCGUACACCGUGUGAGCGCUGUGCUGCAGUGUGCGAGAAAAAGAGUUGCAUGUACUGUUUUUUUAAUGGCAGACUGAUGUCAUUCAUGAGCAACACAAGCCUUUGCCAGGGUCUCGUUCUGAUGACAUCAAAGUCUCCGACAUCCACAUAUUCAAACCCCCCCGAUCAAGUCUCUUGUGCGUUCCCAUGGAGAGCGACAUGACUGUUGUAAGUGUGAGUGGCGCUGGAAACUAUUUUUGUUUCUUGUUUUGAGCAGGAAAAUCAUGCAUGACUCUUAGUUUCAGAUUUACCUUUAAAAAGGAAUUGUUCAGCAUUUUGAGAAACACGCCUUUAUGCCUUCUUUUUUUUCGCUCGCUUCAAUUCUUAGCUUAGCAUAAAGACUGAAAACAGGAAGCAAAUGACUAAUCUGGGCCUGUGAAUGUGGAGGCAAACAUAUGAACAAGUAAAAAAUAAACAAAUCUGUGUCUGGUUUGGACAGAUGGAAAAACUGUUGGUUUUCCCAGAAUAGUUGUAGCACAAAACUCCUAAAGCCACAAGCUGUUACUUUUUUUUGUUGGUUCAUGUACAGGUUAAAGACAUGAGAAACAGCUUAAUUAGUGACUAGUGAUUAUGUACAUACAAGUGCUGGUAGAAAGAUGGGACUGUACAGAUGCCACUUACAGUUAUAUCUUUACAAUACUUAUUACUUUAUAUACUAUAAAAAUUGUUGCCAGCCUUUCUGUACUCUUUGGUCGAACUGGGCUUGACAGUCGCUUCCCCGUUUCCAGUUUUUGUGCUAAGCCAGACCUAAUCGCGCAUUUUCCAAAACGUUGGACUGUUCCUUCAAUUCCACUAACUAGGAAAGUAAGCAGAAAACUUUCAGUGACGUGGUUCCAGAGUCUUUUGAACCCAAAUACAAAUUAUGCCCCUUUUUCAAACAAUUUUUUUGAGAUGUUUUUGAAUCUCUUACAGUGCACUUAACAGGUAAAACUGAAUAUUGUGUCCAAUAAAAAGCAGUUGAUGGAGCAGAAUCAGCUGACUCGUACCAGCCGAAUCUCUGCGUUUCUUUGUUUUCUAGGAUAAUUAAUGAACUUGUGGUGACCGGUGUUGUCAUGUUGACUUCCUGUGCGAACGCAGAACACAUAAAGUUUGUCCAAAACUUGGAUAGAGCUUUUGUUUGAUGCAUUUUAAAAUAGUUUUACAAGGUAUUUUAAGCAACUAUGAGUAAUAUGAGGCUAUGUAGUCCAACUUUUUUUCUCCAUUUUUAACCAGAAUUUGAUCCGAAUCAGCGGCAAAUGUCUCAUCCAGCAAAAGAAGGAGGAAGAGAUCUGACGUCCAUAUUGGAUACUCGAAUAAUAAGUGUGAAAUUUGGGAAAUAUUGAUUAAUGAUGUGUUUGUCUUGGCUUGAUUGACGCUGACAGAACCUUCCAGUCGGUCUCCAUAUACCCAGUCCACAGUACUGUGGCCGUAUUCAAAAUACCACUAUCACACACAUACACCUAACCCUAUAUUCCCAGUACUUAAGCUCACAGGUGAAUAAUUGGGCUCUGUGCCAAAAUAGCAUUUACACACACACAACUUAACAUUUCACUGCAAAGCUUCCCCCAGUGUCUUGUCAUUUUAUCAUUUUAUUGCAAUAUAAUGAAUGAUCAUGUUUUUGUUAUUUUAAAUAAAUAGAUUUGUAAGAUGUA